UCCUCCCCGUGUAAAUCGGCCGGGUGUCCUCCUCCUCCCACCCCGCGUCUCACCCGGCCGCCGCCUCUCUGCCACUAUAUAAACACGCUCGCCCAAUUCAUUCCCCCGAAACCCCAGAGCAAGCGAAACUAGUACAAGCCAUGGAUUCGAGCAAGCACAAGGUGGGCUUCCCAAGCAAGCCAUCCCGCCCCGCGCCCUCCCACGGCGGCGGCCGCGCCGCCUAUCGCGGGGAGACCCCGUCCUCGUCGUCGUCGCUGCGGCCGCCACCGCAGCAGCAGCAGCAGCAGCAGCAGGGGCACGUGAUUCCGCCCGUGCCGCUGCCUGUGGAUCAGGGGGCGGACGCGUUCCCCUCCGAGCUCGAGUCGCAGGGGCGAAGGAUGGGGGAGCUGUACUUGAGGGAUUCGCCGCGCCGCGUGCGGGUGGGCGCGUCCUGGAGCGCCGUCUACGGCUACGACCCGGCCCAUCCCAUGCCCCCGCGCCCCCGCGUCCACGACGACGAGACGACGCGCGGCGCCGCCUUGGUCGCCUCGUCGAUACAGCAGCAGCCGGGACCGAUCCCGCCGCUGCACCCGCAGUUUGGGUCGGCGCAGCGCCUCUACGGGCGGAGCGAGACCUCCUCGAGCGGCGCCGCUCCAGUUGGCACGGCGCGGCCGUCCGCAGUGGACCUGUUCUACGGGCGGCGCGGGACCUCCUCGAGCGGCGCCGCUCCAGUUGGCACGGCGCGACCGUCCGCAGUCGAGCUGUUCUACGGGCGGCGCGGGACCUCCUCGAGCAGUGCCGCUCCAGUUGGCACCGCGCGACCGUCCGGAGUCGGCCUGUUCUACGCGCCGCAGACCUGGCCGCAGCCGCCGCAACGCCAUGCAGGGGACGGGACCCGGAGCUCGCACUCGGGGGCGCCAGAGCCACCGAUUCACCAAGACUCGAGGCUGGAGAAGAUCCGAUCGGAGUCGCUCCGUUCCCCGAUGACGCUUGAGCAGCUGCUGAUGUAUUGCUCGGCAUUCGUGGUCCAACUGCUGGAGCAGGGUGAGGAGGAGAUGCGCCACAGGGUGCUCGGCUGGUUCGUGCACCGCGCGCACGAGAUCAUGGGGAACAGGCAGGGGCAUGCGGUGUUCGCCACGCUGCUGCGCAUCUGCCGCUGGCGGUAUGAGGAGCUCCGCAGCAUCGUGGAAGCCGCCGUCACGCCCAACCUCGUCUCGAGGUCCAACGACGGGGUGACAUCUCUGAAGAUGCUCAUUGCGGAGGUGGCGCGGCACUGGGACCUGUCCGAGCGGCUCGUCGGCAGCUUCGUGAAUGAGCGCGUGAUGGACGAGGCCGGAGGGAACGAACUGAUUGCCGACUGUUUCGCCACGAUGCCUUACGAGGUGACCAGGGCUCUGAUCCGGCACGCCCUGGACACCAUCAAUGACAAGCUGGAGUCAGAGUUGGGGUCGAGGUGCCUGGCAGUAUGCUUCAGGAACGCGCGAGCCGACCAUCUCAAGGACUUCGAGAAGGCCGUCUGUGAAGGCGCCAUAGCAAUGGCCAUGGGCCAAUACAGCAACUACUUCAUGCAGGGCGUCCUGGAGCAUGGGGACAUAGGUGUACAGUACGCCGUCGUGGAUCAGCUCAUGACGGAAGUCGCCAGUCUGUGCUGCCACCGGUACGGGCACUACGUGGUGCAGUCUUGCAUCCUGAAGAGCGGCGAUUACCGGGGCGAGCUGCUGCGGCGUCUGAUCCAGGAGCUUGAACGGCUGGGCGAUACACAGCUCGCCGGGCUGGUGAAGAACCGCUUCGGCAGCCGCGUCCUCAGCCGCCUGCUCGACACGGCCGAAACUCCUCGCUUCAGGAGCGAGCGCUGGGGGUGGGAGCUGGCCCAGAGGAUCAGGCGCGCAUCGGCGGCCCACCUGGGGCCUGACCUGGAGAAGACUAACGCGAAGCGGGUGAUGAAGUCCGUAGACCGGAUGGGGCUGUCGUAGCUAUCGUUUCUGUGUGUUUUGCAUUGUUGUCGAUCUGACGGAAGCUGUCGUCUGGGGAUGGCUAGUUCGGUUCUAGAUGUGGACAUGGUGUCGAAUGUCGAGUGCGAGCCUGAUUUGGAACGCUGCUGGAACCUGGCGUCUUAUCUUUGAUGUGAAGUGUACGUGUUUGCA